AUGUCCAACCUUAAACGCAAGGCGGCCGCCGAGCCAUCCGCCGAAACUGAUGCAAAGAAGCCGAAGCAGCAGAGCUCGCUCACGUCCUUUUUCGGUGGCUCGAUAGCAGCCCCGAAGAGCACCAGUGGUGCCAAGAGUGCAGCUCCUAUGGCAUCAUCGACACCCUCAGCCGUGUUUUCUGAGUCCAAGUUCGACAAGGCCAGAUGGGUGGCCAAGUUGACGCCAGAACAGAAAGACUUGCUCAAGCUCGAGAUCGCCACGCUUGGCGAAAGCUGGCUGGCGGCUCUGAAAGAUGACCUAACCACACCGUCCUUCCUCGAACUCAAACGCUUUUUGCAGCGCGAGCACAAUGCUGGCAAGAAGAUCUUUCCGCCUCCCGGAGACCUUUACUCCUGGUCUCGCUACAGCACUCUCCAGUCGGUCAAGGUCGUCAUCGUCGGCCAGGAUCCAUAUCACAACGAUGGCCAGGCCCAUGGCCUUGCCUUUUCAGUCAAGCCUCCCGUUGCACCGCCACCGUCGCUUCGCAACAUGUAUGUCGCCCUCAAGAACGACUAUCCGGGCACCUUUGUGCCCCCGCCACCGGAGAAGGCCGGUCUGUUGACACCUUGGGCGGAGCGCGGAGUGCUCAUGCUCAAUACAGUGUUGACGGUACGUGCACACGAUGCUGGCUCCCAUGCCAACCAUGGCUGGGAACGCUUCACACAACGCGUGCUGGAAGUGGUGGCGCAGCGGCGCUCGCGUGGCGUUGUGUUCUUGGCAUGGGGCUCGCUAGCAGCCAAGCGCGUGGCCAAGAUCGACCAGAAGCGACACCUGGUGCUGCACAGCGUGCAUCCGAGUCCGCUGAGCGCACACAGGGGGUUCUUUGAGUGCAAACACUUCCGGUUAGCAAACGAGUGGCUGCUGAAGCGAUACGGGUCGGAAGGCGAGAUCAACUGGAGCCUGAUGCCAGGAACGUCAACGAGCACCGUGGUGACGACAAAGAAGCACGACGAGGAGCCUGUUGAGCAGUCCGAAAAGAAGCCCGCGGUAAAACCUGCGGAAAAGUCUGCAGUGAAGCCUGUCGAGAAGCCCGUGGUCAAGCCUGCGGAGAAACCUGCGGAGAAGCUUGCGGAGAAGCUUGCGGAGAAGCCUGCGGAAAAGCCUAUAGAGAAGCCUACAGAGAAGCCUACAGAGAAGCCUGCGGUGCAGUCUGCAGAAACACCUGCGGGAACCCCUACGGAAAACACUGUGCAGAACUCUGCAGAGGAAGAUCAGGAAGAAGAAACGGAGGAAGAAACAGAAGAAGAGACAGAGGAAGAAAACGAGGAAGAGACGGAAGAAGAACAGGAGGAAGAAGAGAAGGAGCUGGAGAAGGAGAAGACGAAAGAGGCAAAGGCAGAGAAGAAGCAAGAGAAAGAGGGGAAAGCGACAAAGCUGGAGACCAAGAAAGACGCCUUGUUUACAGAGGAAGACAAGGAGAAUGCCAGAGCCGGAGCACGGACGCUGGAUGAAGAAGAAACCGACAUCGAGGAGAGUGAGGGCUCACAGGAGGUGAAUAUCUCCGGCCCAGCUCAACCGGUGUUGUCGGGAUGA